CCACUUCAUAAACGAGGAUGGGUGACCGGUCGGUGAACGUGGCUGACCAGGUAUCCGGUAGCAUGUACCAGAAGACAGAGACGACGCUGGAUGAGCCAGUGUCCGAGACAAUUCUGCGGGAUGUUCGCCUUGUCGGGUCCAAGCUCAAGGUGGUGCUGAUGCCCAAGAAUACGUCCGACGAAACCCUGCAUGCGUUGCGUGACUGGGACCUGUGGGGUCCCCUCCUCGUGUGCUUGACACUCUCCAUCAUGCUGAGCAUCUCGGCGCCGACGAAUCAAUCGGCGAUGGUGUUCACGGGCGUGUUUGUCGUGGUGUGGGCCGGUGCAGCCGUAGUGACGAUCAACGCGCAAUUGCUGGGCAGCACCAUUUCGUUCUUCCAGAGCAUAUGCGUGUUGGGGUACUGCGUGUUUCCAUUGGUGAUUGCCACCCUCUUCACGACCAUCUUCCGCGUCCUAUCCCUGGGGCAUGUGACUGUCCGUCUCGUGGUGGUCGCCGUCGGCUUCCUCUGGUCCACUCGAGCUUCGGUGGUGUUCAUGUCCCAACUGGUGCCCCCCAAGCGGAAAGCGCUGACCGUGUACCCCGUGCUCCUGUUCUACCUCUUUAUCGGGUGGAUGAUUUUGAUCUCGUAAGCAUAUGCACUUUGAAUAUAUCGUCAUGCAUUUGAUCACUGUCCA